UGAUUACGCUGCGUUGAAAUCCAAACAUAAAUUCGUGAGAGAAGAGGAUGAUGAUGAAGAUGAUGAUGAUUCUUGGGCUAACAAAUUGGCUAAGGAAUACUAUGAUAAGCUGUAUCAUGAAUAUGUUAUUUGUGAUUUGAAAGGAUAUAAAAAAGAUCGAAUUGGAUUUCGGUGGCAAACGCAACAGGAGAUGAUGCAGGGUAAAGGGCAGAUGAG